GGCUCUUCUUUUCCAGUGGCGCGCUCGGCGGGCACGACGCGUGCAACGGGAACCAUGUCCACCACCAUGGCCGCCGUGACCGCCGCCGCCGCCACCGCCGCCACCACGGACACCGAGGAGACGGUGGACCAGUUCGACAUGGUGCUCACGUUCAACUCGGCCGACUACGUCCUGUUCAUCGUCAUGAUGCUCAUGUCCGCCUUCAUCGGCGUGUACUACGGCUGCAUCAAGAAGCAGGACUCGGUGUCCGAGUACCUGCACGGCGGCAAGAACAUGGCCAUCUUCCCCAUCGCCAUGUCCCUCAUCUCCAGCAAUGUGUCUGGCAUCACGAUGCUGGCCGUGCCCUCCGAGAUGUACCUGUACGGCACCCAGUUCGCCCUGCUGGGGCUCAUGGUGUUCCCCGCCACCCUCGCCGUCAUGUACCUCUUCAUCCCCAUGUUCUACAACCUGCAGUGCAACUCGUCCUUUGAGUAUUUAGAGCUCCGUUUCAACAGGAGCGUGCGCAAGCUGGGCUCCUUCCUCUUCGCUAUCGGACAACUGCUGUACAUGCCCGUGGUCAUCUACGUGCCAUGCUUGGCCCUCAACCAAGUGAGCGGCGUCAGUGUGCACAUCAUCAGCCCGAUUGCCUGCUUGGUCUGCAUUUUCUAUACCACACUGGGCGGGCUCAAGGCAGUGGUGUGGACGGACGCGCUGCAGUUGGCGCUCCUGGUGCUGGCCUCCUUGGCCGUCAUCGUGCUGGGCGUCCUCCGCGUCGGCGGCGCCGGCGUCGUCCUGGAGAGAGCCAUCGAGGGCGGCCGGCUGGAGCUGUUCAACAUGGACCCCAGCCUCUACGCGCGUUGCACCUUCUGGAACGUGGGGGUGGGCGCUUUCUUUAUGCUCAUCGUGAACCUGGGAACGUCGCCGUCGAGCGUCCAGCGCUACCUGAGCGUGCCCACCGAGUCGGGCGCCAGGCACACGUCCAUGAUGGUGGCCGUGGGCUACUUCCUCACUAAGCUCUUCAGCGUGCUCACGGGCAUCAUCAUCUUCGCCAGCUACUUCUACUGCGAUCCGCUGCACCCCGACGUACAGGUGGUGCGCAAGGGCGACCAGCUGGUGCCGUACUUCGUCAUGGACGUGGGCAGGGACUGGCCGGGGCUGUCGGGGCUCUUCGUGGCCGGCGUCUUCAGCGCGGCACUCAGCACCAUGUCGGCCGUGCUCAACACGCUGUCCGGGACGCUGUAUACGGACUUCAUCGAGAAGUGCCUGCCCAUGAAGGUGUCCGACGAGCGCGCCUCCACGCACAUGAAGAUGGUGUCCCUGGUGAUCGGCGCCUUCAGCAUCGCCAUGAUCUUCGUGGUGGAGCACCUGGGCGGCGUGCUGCAGAUCGCCAUCAGCUUCCUGGGCAUCACGGCGGGGGCGUCCUUCGGCCUCUUCAUCCUGGGCAUGUUCUUCCCCUGGGCCAACAGCAUGGGCGCGAUCGUCGGCUCCAUCACCAGUCUCAUCUUCAUGACGUUCACGGUCGCCGGCAACGCGCACGCCAUCGCCUCCAAAGAACUGGUUUACGCCACCCUGCCGACCCGGGUGGACGGCUGCUACGCAAAUGCGACUCUUGACGGUGGGUUUCCAACGGCCGCCCCAUUCGUGGACCCCAAGGACGCGGAUGUCUUUCCGCUUUUCAAGGUGUCGUACCUUUACUUCGGCAUCCUGGGCAUGGCGGUCACCAUGGUGGUGGCGCUAGUCGUGUCCUUCGCCACUGGCGCCAACAAGCUGGAGGACGCCGACCCCGACCUCUUCUCCCCGGUGGUGGCGCACUUCCUGCCGAAACGACGGCAGUGCGCCAAGCUCGCUGCGGCCGCGGCCACCACCAUGACACCCCUGGACGAGUACAAGGCCGUGCCCACCAGUGGGUAGCCCGGCAGCGGGUAGCCCACCAGCGGGUAGCCCACCAGCGGGUGUCCCACCAGCGAAUGAACCACAAUCGGGUAGCCCGCCAGCGGGAAGACCACCAGCGGGUGGCCCACCAGCUGGUAGUCCACCAGCGGGAAGUCCACCAGCGGGAAGACCACCAGCGGGUAGCCCACCAGCGCGGCUAGCCCACCAGCGGGUAGCCCGCCGACGGCCAAGCCGUGUCCGCCUUUCUCGCCAACAGCGAGACCAUGGCCACCUGCUGGCUGAUUUCGAGCGGGGGGGCUUCUCUAGCACCCGUCCCGACUGACAGGGCGACCCGCUCGGAAUCAGCCCACAGGCUAUGCCCACCAGCGACCAGACCGUGCCCACAGUGAGCAAGGAUACCGGUGGAGUCGGCCAAAACUCUAGACACGUUUUGAGCUCCGGAGUCUCUGAAUGGGACUCGAACGGUGUUAGGCCUACCCCACCAAUGGAUUGCUCC